CUAUGAACUAUCGUAUAACGUGCCUCGUGACGUUCGCCGGCGUGAAGCGCCGCAAUUCAUACGCACAUUGGUCAAAACUGCUGCGCGUCCGUGACUAUCGUUGAUACCAAAGACAAAAAGCAUCGGAAAUGUAAAAUUAUCUACACGUACACGUACAAACCAUGUAGUGACAGGUCCAACCUUUGAGCAGUAAAAACAGAUAGAACGACAAACAUGUAUUUGCAUUCGUUGGGAUGGGAACAGGAUGUGUAGAUUCUGAUUGAUGAGUGACAUUUAAAAAAAGACGACGAUAAAAUCUACAAGAGACUGUUCCCAUUAAUUCGGAAAUACAAGUUCUGUCGGUGGUCCUCUUUAUCUGUGAAGCCAUUCUACAAAAAUGGACAAAACGUGGCUUGUGAUUGGUUACCUACUCAUCCUCAUGACCGUCGUCCGCGCACAAUCUGAACUUCCGGCUGUAAUGGGAACCUUUGGAAUUUCCGCGGGCGUGACUGUUGCUUUGUUGUCUGGAGUAAGGCAAUUUCUGAGGGCGGAUCUAGAAAGGUGCCAAACGUCCGUGGCGGAUCUAACGGACAAAGUAAACGAGCUCUUGGAGUGCCCAGCUGAUUACACACAAGCAGUGGACGACGAAAAGCGAUGUCAAACCGAUUUGCAGGGAUGUGAACAGGAAUAUUUCAAGACUCAGGAGAGUCUAUCAAAUGCUGAGGCGGAUCUUGAGGAGUGUCAAAAAUCUCUAGAUGAUAUUACAAAGUUUCGAGACAAAGUGUGUGACGCUUAUCCUGCGAAAUGCUCAUGCGUAGAAAUCACUAAUCAAGGGGACUGUGCAUCUACAGUCACGUGUACAUGGGAUGUUGCCAAACAGAUUUGUAAACUUUAAGAUUCUUAGAUUUCGUUCGUAUUGUGGUUUAACUUUCAUUAAAAAGAAUAAAAAUAA